CAUGACGAAGACAACAGCGGCAUUGCAUUGACUUGCUUCGCUUUUCCCUCUUGCGUCCAAAGCAGCAGGCACAGUCCAGCGGGAUUCGGGAUUCUCGGGAUCGACGGCUUGCAUGACAGGAGAGCGUACGGGAGAAGGUGUCCCACCCACGUGGCCGCUUAUGUCGUAGCGCCAGUAGGAGUUGACGUGUUGCAAUCUUUCUAAAACAACCGAUGUUUCGCCGAGCAGCAGCAUCGCUCCCAGUCAUUUGUUAGAACCUUGGUUAGCUCCGCUACUGUUGAGACGUCUCUAACCUUUUCUAAACCCACUAGCCUUCUACUACAGUACGGCAUUACCCUACCAAGCUACUGCUGGGAACUAGCGGAUCUUCAACCACCCCUAGCGUUCAGUAGAGUCAACGUUAAGCGGGAUAUUCUACAGCCGCCGCUCCACAUGCCGCGUCAGCCGCGGAUGGUUCCGCUCACCCAUCUCCGCCUGCUCUCCGCGGUCCUCGCCGCGCUGACUCUGUCCCCCGCGUGUUUCCCCUCCCCGCCACUAGCGCGCGCGCAACUCUGGGCAAAGUCGCAGCUGCCGUUUCUGAAGGAGUGUCAGGCGGCGUGGAAGCGCAGCUUGAGCGGAUGGGACGCGACUUCGAAUUGCAGCAAAGCGGCUUUCGUGACAUGCGACAAGGACGGCAUGCUCACCAGCAUGGCCCUCUCGUCCCAGUCACUCACAGGCUUCAUCCCAGCGUCAAUAGGCGCGGCCACGCGCCUCUCGAAACUGGUGUUGUACAGCAACUUGCUGAGUGGUACCAUUCCAGACACAAUAGGCAACCUCCGCUCAAUGCAAUACAUCGAUCUCACAUUCAACGCUCUGACGGGCGACAUACCUUCCUCCAUCGGAAACCUUGCCUUCCUCACUUUCUUCUCGGUGUCCCAUAACCGACUGGAUGGCACCGUGCCCAGCACCAUCGCCCGCCUCACCAAGCUGCAGCGGCUGAGCGUGUACAACAACUCGUUCUCGGGUGUCAUUCCCCCAGCCAUCUAUGGGCUCACCACCCUCACACUGCUCGAGAUGGGCCGUAACUACUUCACGGGCUCCUUCCCCUCGCAAUUCGGCGACCUCAUCAACCUCGUGUACCUGGAGGCAGGCAACAUGGGCCUGAAAGGCGAGCUGUACUCAACCCUGGGCAAUCUAAAAAACCUGCAGGCGCUGUAUGUGCGUGAGAACGCACUGCAAGGCACCAUCCCUGCCAGCCUGGGCCGCCUGAAAUACCUCACUGACCUUCAGCUGGGCGGCAAUCAGCUCACAGGGUCCAUCCCUGCUUCCUUCUCCAACCUCGUCAACCUGAAGGGCCUCUACCUGUGGACCAAUCGGCUGAACGGCUCUCUGGAUGUCGUCACCAACUACACUGCCCUGCAGCAGCUAGCGGUUCAGUACAACCAGUUCACAGGGUCGAUUCCCAAUGCCAUUGGCCAGCUCAAGGGACUCAACCACUUUGGACUGGCGAGCAACAAGCUCUCAGGCCCCAUUCCAACGGCUAUCGGCAACCUCCUCAACCUCACCGUCUUCAACGUGUCGCACAACACCCUCACCAGCUACCUGCCCGCCUCCAUGGCCGCCCUCACUAGCCUCAUAGCCAUUGAGUACGCGCAAGACCCCCCGGGGUCGGUGGUGUGUCCGCCGAGCUUGAAGUGGCAGUGCGGACCCAUUAACUCAUCGGGGGCGGGCAUCCUCGUGCUGUACUGCACCAAGUGCGUCAACUUCUGCGUCUUCUGCUACCUGCAGCAGACUCUUCCACCUAUGAUCAAGCUCCCUCCGCCAUCGCCACCAGCCAGCCCCCCGCCAGCAUCCCCACCACCACCGCCACCCAUCUCUCCCCCACCACCCGCUCCUCUCCUCUCACCUCCCCCCCAUCCGCCAUCUCCCUCCCCCCCUCCCCCUUCUCCCCCUCCUCCCCCUCCCACCGCACCGCCUUUCUCUCCAUCAUCCCCUUCCAGCGCCCCCCCUCCGCCCUCCUCCUCGGGGCUGUCAGUGGGGGCCAUUGCUGGCAUUUCAGUGGCGGGCGUUGCCCUGCUCGCCGUGCUGCUGCUGCUGCCGCUGCUGCUCUUCUGCAGGCCAAGACCGAAGCCGCAGCCGCCAAUUGAUGCGACGGCGGCUGCUUCUUCUGCGGCAGCUGCUGCGGCUGGUGGCGGUGCAUCAGGUGGUACGAGUGGGUCUAAGGACCCGUCGGGGUCCAGCCAAGCACUGGUGGUGGCAGGAGGGGGCGUGGGAGGGCCAACGGUGUGCCGGCAGUACCGGCUGGAGGUGCUGGCGGCGGCGACGGGCACGUGGGCCGAGGCCAACAAGAUCGGCAGCGGGGGGUUCGGGGAUGUGUACCGCGCUCAGGACCCCGCCGAUCCGUCCACACUGUGGGCUGUCAAGCGUGCCAAAGUGCUCACCAAUGACUUUCGCCGGGAGGUGAACGAGAUGGCGUCGAAGCACCACCCGCACCUGGUGCGCUUGCUGGGGUUCUGCAUCGACGUGAAUAGGGCCACGGAGCAGACGGAGCAGAUCCUCAUCUACGAGUUCAUGCCUAACGGCGACCUCGAGAGGUGGCUGGGGCCAGGUGCGGCGCGGCCGCUGUCGCUGGUGCAGCGAGUGGACGUGAUGAUCGGCAUGGCGGAGGGGCUGCAGUACCUGCACAGCUUUGGCAUCGUGCACCGCGACAUCAAGCCCGCGAACAUCCUGCUGGACAGCAACUUGCAGGCGAAGGUUGCAGACUUUGGGCUGGUGAGGAUGGGCGAAGGCACCACGGUGGGAGCCACGCGAGUGAUGGGAACACCGGGCUAUGUGGAUCCCGCUUACUACAAGUCACAGAAGGCCACCCCCAUGGCUGAUGUGCACAGCUUUGGUGUUGUCAUGCUGACGAUCCUAACGGCUCGCAAAGCCAUCUACAACAGUGAGGACAGCCAGAUCAACCUCAAGCAAUGGGUGGCGCCAUUCGUUGCGGCCAACGACGGGGUGACCUUCAAAGACCCGGCAUUGGAUGCCCCGACGGACAUCAUCCUGCGGCUGGCCCGCCUCGCGCUGAGCUGCACGGCCAUGCCAACGGCGUCCCGCCCCAACAUGAUCAAAGUGCUGGCGGAGCUGGAAGGCAUCCGGGAGGAGGCCAGCGGCAGAGCUGGGGAUCGAAUGGCCAUGCGGAUUGAUAGUGAGAUCGAUGAGACGAGGGGGCAUGACAUUGAGGAGGAGGUGGCCAAUGCAAUUAGGAUCGGGUCUAACAGGGAUAGUGAGUGAGUGAGUAGACUGAGUGAGUGAGUGAGUAGACUGAGUGAGUGAGUGAGUAGAGGGGUGCAGCUGGGGACGGGGUAGCACUGGAAGCCCCGGCCGGCAGACAUCUAAACUGCAUGGCCAUGCCGACAGCGUUGCACCCCAGCACAGUUUUAGUGCUGGUGGAGCCAGAAGGUGUCAGGUUUGUGGCGCGCUGGGGAUCAGAUGGCCAGGCGGAUCGACACGGAGAUCGGUGAGACGAGGGGGCAUGGCAUUGAGGAGAAGGUGGCCAACUGUCAACUCAUAUUUAUAUGUUGUUAUAGGCUAGAUAAGUGCAUGCUUUUAGAGAGUACAGAGCAAGUAGAGCCCACCCACCCUCGCUUCCGCUCUAGCCACUGUAGUGCGCCCUGCCGCGCCACGCGCGCCGCGCUGCCGUGUUUUGCUGGCCCCUAGCUCGCCACGCUGGCCCUAACUCGUAUCUAUUAGCCCUAGCCCGCGCCCUAGCCCGCUGCCCCCCCUAGAGCGCGCCGCACGGCUCCUAGCCAGGCCCCCAGAUUGGUUUUGGACCACACUGAUCGAUCAGGCUCCCCCCCCAAAAAAAAACUUUUCGUCAGGGUCGGUACCGUGUUUUGCCCUGAAUUUGCGGGGUUGGUACUGCGGAGAACACUGAAUGAUCAGGGUUAAGGUGGGAAUUGUUGGGCUGAGAAAAGCCCUUAGGAUCUUUUGCAGAGACUAAGUCCCAGCUUGUAGAGACUUGAGACUUGGAGUAGUGCAGCGGAAGUUGAGACAGUUGAACCCUUGUACUAGUAUGAUCUUUUGCAGAGACUAAGUCCCAGCUUGUAGAGACUUGAGACUUGGAGUAGUGCAGCGGAAGUUGAGACAGUUGAACCCUUGUACUAGUAUGUGAGAACAAGUGAUUGAUUAAAGAAACAAGCAUACA